GAACAAUGCGGCUUUGGAAUGAUGCAACCAUGCACAUCAUGCGGAAGGUCAACAUGCGAAAUGCGCCAUUGCGGAUAUUUAUUUUGUGCCUCUGCGUUUGCUCGUAGGAGGUCUAAAAAACGCGUGGCAGAUGUGUUCGCGAAGGGGAAACCUUGUUCAGAACAAAAACGUAGUGGACCUGACAUCACACACCUGGGCUGCUGGACAGGAAAUUCUUGUAUGAUAUCAAUGGGAAAAGGGUCGCCGAGAGACACGUAACCACCUUAUGACGUCGUAUGACGGAGGGUGGCAGAUCACGCAGUUUGAUACUCGAGGCGGGGGGACGGGGGAUAUAAAAGGGAGACUACGAGCAUCUCUCGAGGCUUUUCCUUGUACUGCCAUUAAGAACAGCAACACUCAAUUAUCAAAUAUCAAUCACAAACACUUUUGUUCCAUAUCCCUCUGAUAUCCCAUUUCAUCUCUUUUUACUCAAACUAUCGAAAUGUCUGAUAUUGAACGCCAGAGAGCUGAGAAAGUACGAGAAGUAACAGGUGCCCUCAAGGAGGGUAAACUCCCAACUACCGCCCAGGCUGUCUCUGGAAUCCAGCAAAUCCAGCAAGAUGCGUCCCUCGGUGGUGUAUCAAAAGACUUGAGUCCCGCGGGAAAGAAGGUCUUGGCGGAUACCGAGCGCAUCCUAGAUGACACCAAGAAGGUCAUUACCCAAACAAUGCCCAACAACGAGCUGCAGAAUACCAUUUACUAUGGUGGACUCGCUGCUCGACGUUCACAACCACUAAGUGCCUCUGAGGCAUCUACCGCUGCUGACCAGUUAGUACAGGCUGGCGCCAAGGCCGCGCAGCUCGCCAAGAUGAUUGUAACAUCUGGCGAGUUCCGGUCACUGCUAAGUGAAAUCAGCGAGAUUGCCCAAGAAAUUGCCCGAAGUAACAUUGACGAAGCCAGUGAUGAUCUUGCCAACGACCCUAAUGCACCAGAACAAGUACGCGAUACGGCUGCCCGGACUCGCGAAACAGUGCGUAACAACGACCUUCAAGGUGCGGCUCAACAGGGAAGGCAACAAGCUCAGGUAACCUAUGAGCAAGGGAAGCAACAAGCGUACAACGCUGCCAAUGAGCAAAGUCGCAAAGCACAAGAAGCCGGGGAUGCUACAAGACGCACAGCCGGUGACUCUCUUGCGGGCGGGGCAACUUUGCGCGAUACUGCAAAGAACCUUGUUGAUACCAUCGCUAAUCAAGCUGAACGACACUUACCUGAGGACACGGUCAACAAGACAUCUGGAGCCAUUCGUGAGCAUGGCGCCAAGCUUCACACUGGUGAGGAGUCCGCGACUGGGCUGAAAAACCAGGCCAUUGAGCAGGGCCGAAGUCUGGCUAAUCAGGCAACCGCGCAACUCCGUGAUCCCAACUCGCAACUUCGCCAGACUGGUGAGCGCGUUGCCCGCAAACUGGUAGACAUGCCCGAAGAUAAGCGCAGGGACAUCAUUCGCCGUGUGAAGGUCGUUGCAAAGACUCUUCAGUCCAAGCCCGAAUUCCAAGGCGGUAUCGACGACAUAUUCGACAUCCUCGCGCCCCUUGGCUGGCAGGCCAAGACCGCGGCAUCCGCUGCUAUCUCGAAGACCGCUGAGGCCCCUACUGAUCCCAACCAGCUUGAAGCAUCUCGGGAAGCUCGCAUCGCCACCGCCAAUGCAAAGCAGCUCAUUGAGAACUUUGCCAACGGCCGCUCAUUGGAUCCUCUCAUUGUCGCAUUGCAAGGCUUCGCCGAGGAAGCUCGUGAGGACCAGGAAUUGCGCGCAUUCUGGAACGACUUUGGCGCCUACCUUCGUCGGACUAUCCGCGAACCCGGUUACGUUGAGCAGGCCAACUACGACCGUGAAGCUGAAGAACUCGUUGAACGCGGUCGUCGGGCCUUGGACAAGUACAACUAUCACACUCAAAAGAUUUCGUACGAGAGCCGCAACUACGCCCAAGCCCUCGCAUCCAACAAGACCACCCAAAGAUUGCAAUCCGAUGCUAACGCCUUGGUCAAUGAUUUGUUCCUCGAUGAACGCGGCAAACCUACAUUCAAACCCGAGCUGCUUCGCGACUUGGCAAAAUGCAUCCCGGCCAUUGCCGACAAACUUGCUUACCUACCUAUCCCUCGUGUUGAGGUUGAUGACGGAACUUACCACCUUAUUUUCGACAACAUUAUUUUGCACUCUACUAUUCUGCCCAAGUAUGUGCACAUUGUGACCGACACCACCGUGGAUGCUAGCAAGAAGGACCCGAACGAGCAAUUCAACAACUACAUCCUUCUCGAAAUUUCCAAAAUUGAAGCAUCUGCUCGUGACAUUGCAUGGUUGUUCAACAAGCACUCUGGUUUCUGGAAGGCGGGUGAUGUCGGUCUUGCAGACUUUGACAUCAAGGGUGAAGGGCUCUCUAUUCGGGUCAAGAUCAUCCCAGGUGCUGAAACUGGCCGUGCGGCUCCAAGCGAUGACGUCAAGGGCCGCUUCCUCCAUGCAGCUGAGGUGGAAACGACUUUGCAUAACCUUGACCUCCGUCUCCACGAUUCCCACCAUGACUUCCUGUACAAGAUCGCGAAACCCAUCCUCCAAAGCCGGGCAAAGAAGCAAAUCGAGCAGGCCGUGUCCGACUCUCUUCGUGAUUUGAUCUUUAGCCUCGACGAAAAGGUUGCACAAGCAGCGAAUCAGGUUGCCCCUGUAGGUGGACCAGAACCCGCAAAGGGGAUCCCGGAGUGGGGAAGCAAAGCUUUCAAUGCUUAAAACACAAUCUAACAAUAUGUUGCGUGAGCGUGGGGCAUAUCCUUCAAGAAGCAUAGUUUUUUGGGGUUGCGAGAUAGUUGAUGUUUUGUUGUAAAUUUGUUAUUGCAAAAGUAUUUUGAACCGUUUAUAUCUUCCCAUAUGCUUUUUACAUAAGCAAACCAAAAAUUCCUUUCACUA